UAAGGAAUCUGUCAAAAAACACGUGCCACGAUGGAUACCGGGCAGCAUGCAAUAGAUCUUAUUCAUCAAGAUAUUGUGAAAAAUCACCUUCAAGUUACAGCUUUAAUACAAGAUAUUCAGCAAUGUACAGGUCCUUUAGAAUUACUUAAUGAAUUAAAUAUAGAAGGUAGAACAAAAAUAACAGCUUUAAAGACAUCUAUAGAUAAUUUAGCAUCUGUAGCAGAAAGAGAACCUUCAGAAAAAAAAAAGACAGAAUUAUUGGCAGAAGUGGAUACAUACAAACAACAACUUAACACUUCAUUAGCUGCAUUUCGUAAAGCCAAUAUUAUUAGUGUAUGUGUAAUAGAUGAACUUGCCAAAGAAGAAUUGCUCUCUAUGUCUGAAGAGCAUCAAGCUGCUGCACGUAGAAGACAUGACAAACAUAGUUUAGCAAAUACAUCAAGUCAACUUUCUGACAAACUUUUAAGUAUAUCUAGACAUUUAGCUGAAACAACCCAAAGAAGUGCAGACACAUUGGAUACAUUAAUAAUAUCAUCGGAUAAAGUUACAAGUACCAAAGAUGAAUUAGAACAUCAACAACAAGUUAUAGUUCAAUGUGGAAAACUCUUAGGCAAAUAUGGUAGGAGGGAAGUUACUGAUAAAGCUUUAGUAGCAUUAGCAUUUGCAUUUUUUCUUGCCUGUGUUUUUUAUAUCUUACAAAAAAGACUAUUUUAAAAGUACAAAAUGUUAUACACAGAAGAGUAAAAAAUAUAUUUUUCAGA